AUGGAAGACUCUAUCUUACAAUAUUCAGCCUUUUCAAUUCUGAGUAUUGCUGUAGUUGUUUUGGCAAUCAUAAAGUAUUUGUUGAAAUUCAAUUCCAACAAAAAUCUACCUCCAAGUCCACCCUCUAUUCCAAUCAUUGGUCACCUCCAUCUCCUUAAGCUUCCAGUUCAUAGAACUCUACAAACUCUCUCACAAAAGUAUGGUCCAGUACUUUCACUUCGAUUCGGUUCUCGUUCGGUUGUCGUCGUUACAUCACUGGAAGCAGCCGAAGAAUGCUUCAUAAAAAACGAUAUCAUUUUCGCAAACCGUCCCAACUUCGCCGUGAGCCAUUGCUUGAGUUACAAUGAAACCACUCUUGGUGCGGCUCCAUAUGGUGAUCACUGGCGUAAACUUCGACGUGUGAGCACACUGGAAAUACUGUGUUCAAGUCGUCUCAAUGCGAAUUAUGAGAUUAGGAGAGAUGAAGUGAGAAGGGCAAUGAAGAAGAUCUAUGAAGUUUCAAGAGAUGGUUUUGGGAAAGUGGAGUUUAAACCAUUGGUGAAGGAAUUGACGAUGAAUGUAACAAUGAGAAUGGUGGCAGGGAAGAGAUAUUUUGGUGAAGAAGCAGCUAAAAGUAGUGAAGCAAGAACAUUUCAAGCUAUUGUUCAUGAGCUUUUUGAAUUUACUUUGUCUUCAUAUCCAGCUGACUUCUUGCCAAUCUUGAAGUAUAUUGAUAUUCAAGGUUUUAUGAAGAGGGCAAAGAAGCUUAUCACAAGGGUUGAUGCAUUUUGGCAAGGAUUGAUUGAUGAACAUAGAAGAGGUGAAAUUAGUAAUGAAGAAAUGAAGAAUUGUAUGGUUGCUCAUUUUCUUAAGUUGCAAGAGACUCAGCCUGACUAUUACACAGAUGAUAUUAUCAAAGGCUUGAUUUUGACAAUGAUACUUGGUGGCUCAGACACGACUGCAGUGACAAUAGAGUGGGCAAUGUCAAAUCUACUAAACCAUCCAUCAGUGUUGAAGAAGGCAAGAGCUGAAAUAGAAUCUCAACUUGGUGGAGAUAAAUUGAUUGAAGAAACUGAUCUUUCAAAAUUAAACUACCUACGAUAUAUAAUCCUAGAAACUCUUCGGUUAUACCCAGCUGGCCCUCUCCUACUGCCACAUAAGUCUUCAGCUGAUUGUAGAAUAUCAGGAUACGACAUACCACGUGACACAAUGUUACUAGUAAACGCGUGGGCUAUCCAUAGAGACCCUGUAUUGUGGGAAGAUCCAACAAGUUUUAAACCAGAGAGGUUUGAGAAUAAUAACGGGGAAGGUGAUGGAAAUAAUAAGUUAAUGAUAGCAUUUGGUUUGGGAAGGAGAGCUUGUCCAGGAACUGGAAUGGCAAAUAGAGUGAUGGGUUUGAUGCUUGGAACGUUGAUUCAAUGUUUUGAUUGGAAGAGUAUUGAUGGUAAGGAAGUAGAUAUGAAUGAAGGAAAAGGGGUUAGUAUGCCUAAAGCUCAACCACUUGAAGCACUAUGUAAAGCAAGAGAAAUUGCAACCAAGCUGCUUUGA